ACGCUCGAUGUGAUGAUGAACUUUUCCGGGCUGUUCGUGGGACCACUGUUGAAGGAGUUCUCCUAUCGAAAGGUGGCUAUUGCUGGUUCCCUCCUGUGCUGGAUAGGACUCGCACUUACGUCACCAGCCACCAGCAUGCCACACAUCCUGGCCACUUACAGUGUAAUCAAUGGAGUUGGAGUAGGAUUGGCGACUUCUGCUGCAUUCGUAGCACUUAACCAUUACUUUGCGAAGAAGCGAGGUCAGGCCGUAGGGCUUUCGAUGGCAGGUACGGCACUGGGUAUGCUGAUUAUGCCGCAGUUGGUGCGUAUCCUUCUCGAGCUAUACGGAUUCCGAGGUGCGGUGCUAGUGCUGAGUGGGCUCGCGUUGCAUGCUACGGUUGGAGCAAUGUUGCUGCAACCGAUCAAGUGGCAUCUGAAGGAGGAAGAGGUCGAUAUAGAGCUGGUCGAGGCGGCACCUCCGAUGGGCAUCAUUCUAGAGCAGGAAGAUGACGAUAAUGACUCGCUACCGGAAAUCAAAUCGUUGUUGUUUCCUCGUCGAGUUGGAAGUGAACGCAAACAUUCAGAUGCGGCUGGAAGCACGGCCGGUGUUGGCAGUGGUGCAGCUGUGGCAGGAGGUCCUGCAAAUGGUACAGGAGUAGCAGCAACUGGUGCAGGAGCUGGCGCUGUGGGCUUACUACCUAAGCGGCCCACAUUUCCACGAAUAACCUCGUCAGUUAGCAUCCAAAACCAGGGCGGUGUUGGAAUGCGUACGCGUCCAUCCUUCCCACGUAUUGCAUCCACCGCAAGCAUGAGCCUGGCUCUACGACGUCGUCGAGAGUCCGUCGUCUCGCAGUUGUCUACGCUCGAUUUCACCGGAAGUGGCAGUUGCAUGCACAUUCACGUAGACACAGGCGAUGCGGACGCCGAGGACGUAGACUACCAGAUCAUCCGACGUGUCAACACGCAUGUGGGAGUCUCGACACUUGGUUCUUUUGCGCGAGUUCCUUCGCGAACACCAAAGCGCAUGGAGACGGUUAAGUCGGAGCUUGGGCUUGAGAUGGUGAAGCCUAAGGUGUCGUUCCUACAACGCUUCACUGCCCUCAUGGACGUGGGGUUGCUGCGUGAUGGCAUCUACCUCAACAUCCUGUUUGGGCUGUCGAUCUUCUACGUCGCCGAGAUGAACUUCAAAAUGGUGACGCCUUUCUUCAUGGCCAGCCUUGGCUUCGACAAGAGUGACACUGCGUUUGUGUUGUCCGUGUCUGCACUCACCGAUAUCGCUGCUCGCAUCAUCGUGCCACCUAUAGGCGAUCGAUUGAAGCUGCGCAAGCGCUACAUCUUCAUGGUGUCUCUCAUCUUCGUUGCAAUCUCGCGUUCGAUCGUAGCCCAUCAACGCACCUAUACCGACGUGAUGGUGUGGCUGUCGGUGACCGGUUUCUUCCGAGGCGUGGCAUUAGCUAACUUCACGCUGUGCGUGUCCGAAUACUCCUCGCUAGAGAAGCUACCAGCUGCAUUCGGCUGGCAUAUGGUAGGCAAGGCGGUGUUUGUUAUCGCGUUUGGACCCUUGAUCGGCGCCAUCCGGGAUUGGACCGAUAGCUAUCCGAUCUGCAUUCAUUCGCAGUCCUUCUGCAUCUUCCUGUGUGUGGCGGCGUGGUCGAUCGAGCUGCUGGUGAAGCGAUGCCGUACCAAGAAGAUCGUCGAAGCGAACCCUAGCGUUUAAGCUGAUCCUUUUCAUUUAUAGAUCCUGCUUGUUGGUAUCGUUGUGCGUGUAUGUGUGAGUGAGCGUGUGUGAGAGAGUGCGAUAAAUCUAGUUUAUGCUGCAUAGGAGAAGCGUGUCUCUCGUAUGUCAAUCGUAUCUUAAUUCCGAAGACUGCGAUAAUAGUAUGUACUAGCGGUAGGACGAAUAAGGACGAUCGUUUAACUGUAAGAGUAGUGACCGAGAGGUCCAGUUCCUGCCUUGCAAGGGUAAGUGCGGAACACUUUUCCACUGUUGCUUUUGGAGGAGUGAAACGCGCCAAACUUACGUGCACUUGGUGAGGAUUUAGAGAAUUUUAGCAAUAGCAAGCGUCCGGCACACAGUAUUAGGCGCAUAACAUGGGGGACAGACCGCACCAUCGCCGCGUAGGAAAACACAUAUUUUUUUAGUAAUCAAGUAAAAGAAACAGUUUUUAUAUGCGUGAACGAUUGCGGGCGCGAAUGUAUAAUGUUCUUCCCACUGAUAGAACGGAGUGUCUUUCAUCGAGGAGAAGCGAUGCAUGUGUAA